ACAAAGUGGCAACGCUGGUUUUCUAAUUUAUUUUGAGCAAUUCUGCGUAUUUAACAGUUUCAUCAAACCGAAUUUAAAGCAAUAUUCAAAAGAUGUCCGAACCAUUUAACGAUUAUUUAGAAGAUAUUGUCGAGGAACUAGAGAGUCCCAAGUUAUGGUCAGAAACCUCUGAUUUUGAAAGCGCCAAAAAUGAUGUGGUGUACAAUUUGCGUAUGUGUAGCACUUCAUUUAAUAUCCUUUUUAACAGAUCCAUACUUUUCGGCACCGCCGCUCACCGCACUCGCCUUUACACUGACGAUCGGUACGAUGUGAUGCUUGAGCUGCUUAUACCGUCUUAUCAGAAAAUCUCUUCAUUUGAGAAUAAUGACAACUAUGUGUGCUUGGACGUAUCAGAUGUUCCCUACGAUUUGCCAAUAUCAGAUCAGAAGGACUUGAUUAAUCGGCAUUUGCUUAAAAAUUGGCUGGAUGACAUAUUUCUCAAAGCAUUUGACAGAUAUAUAAAUAGUUUCUGGGGCUCUAAGUAUUACGAAUUGACCUAUGAAUUGCACGACAUGUCGCACGUUGUUUUUGCACGAUCGAAAACGCGGGCUUUCAAAAUUGUAUUUGUGCCCUCGAUAAAGUGUGUACUCGGAGCUCCUGUUUCCGCCAUAACCAAGCUGGUGCCAGGCAGCCUGGCUAAAUACUCUUUCCUGCCCAGCCAGCCGGAAGUAGAGCACAACCGGUUACAGGUGGAUGUCGUGAGGAAGGCGCUGAUUCUCUUGCAGGCCUUAUGCGAAGCGAAGGGCCUGACCGAAAUACGCUAUUAUCAGCUUGUGAAUUUGGGAAUAUCGCCGCAUGUUAACAAAUACGCAAUAACUACUACUUUGGACGAUGUAUUUCUAAUGUUGCUUGCCGAACUGUGCGAUGCUGUUGAAAGCCAACAUCUAGCCCAUUAUUUUCUCGGCGACUUGAAUCUUCUUGGCAACAUAAGCUGCGAAGAACUGUACGAAUAUGAGAGUAUACUUGACCGGGCUUACAGCACUCUCAGUUCGUAUGUCCAUCAAGGAGCGCUGUCGUAUGAACGUUGCAGAAGUCACUUUGAAUAGCUAAAUAACAUUUGUUUAUAUAAGUCUUAUGCUCUAUAUGAAAGCUAAUUCAACAAACUCCUGUUAACAAUUAGAAAACCUCACUUAGAUGAG